AUGAACGACGACGAUGCUCUGGUCUACGCGGACAACAACGACAUCCCUCUGCCUCACGUUGACGGCGAGGCUGUUGCCGAUGACCAAGACGCCAUUGCCCAGCAGCUCCAGCAGGCUGCCCCUGUGGCCCAGGCGUCUGAGGAAGAGGCCUCGGAGGAGGAGACGCCUGCGCCUUCCAAGACGCCGAAGAAGGCUGCCAGCCGCAAGCGCAAGUCGGAUGCCGCUGACGUCGAGCCCAAGUCCACGCCUGCUGCUGCCACGCCUGCCGAUAAGAAGAGGCGCCGUGUGAGCAAGGCCGUUGACACAGAGACCAAGGACGAGCCCACGGCGACGAAGAAGAGCCGAGGCAAGAAGGCUAAGAACUGA